GAAACCAGCCAGUGUGUAUUUUUUUUUUCUUUUGUCACCGUGCUACAUUAAGUUUUCAAACGUUUAUCGACAAUGACAGCACGUAUAAAAUAUUCGGAAAGAAGAUAUAUGUUUGCGUAUUGUAACACACGUGAAAGUAAUACAGAUAGUUGUUUUGCCUUAAAGUAGCAACACGAAUGCGACCUCGAGCCGUGCGCUUGUUAUUCAUCGCACCGUUAUGAGUGACGUGUAACCGAACUUGGGAGACUACAAGCAAACCUCAAAAUACAUAAACAAGCAUGAAUUAGGUUUAGGGCUCACGUUAGGGAUUAAAGACUGUUUGUGUGUUGUAACGACUAUGAAAGACGGCAACUUGAAGAAUGUGAUUUCGUUUAUGAUGGAGAGAAACAAAGAUAAUAUGAGAUUUUAACAUGUAGAUGAAAUCAUCCUAAAACAAAGCCCGUAUCGGUGAAUUAUACCUACACAGAUCAGCGUGGUACAUUGUUUCACUGAAAGGCACAAAGAUGAUGUACUCUUCACGCAGAAAACCAGUGCUGUAUUUUAAAGAUGACAGAAGAAGUUUCAACUAUUGUGCCAAAUGAGGGCAUGCUCAGGGCCAUUUGACUUCCCACUGUCUCUUCCGGGGCUUCAUUGUGCCUCCUCUGGGCCUUCUCUGGGCCAUUGGCUUUUGGCCCGCCGAUUACCCUUGGGUCAAACAUGGCCAACCAGAGAUUUAGGCAGGUUCAAUGUCAGAGGCGAAGUUUCGCAGAACUUCCCAGCUUGUGUAUCCAGCACACAGUGGUACAGGUUCCAGGGAAAAAAUGCGGGUAAGGUACAAAUCCUUUAAAAAGCCCAAUGGACAAACGGUGCACGAAGAAAUGACUUUCCAUGGUUCGACGAACUUUCAUAGAUGGCGUGCUGGGACCACUCAGGACACCAUAGCAGUUACAUUAGUUUUCUUUCCAGGAAAUGCACUGUCUGGAAGCUUUUCGGACUCUGCAUGGUGUUUGUUCUGGGGUCCCUUCUUUGGGUGCAGCUGACUUGUUCAGGAGACAUGAGCCAGACUGCUGUUGGGUACAGCCACCUGCAUCACCAUCCUUGUCCUAUAGAGAAACAAGAUUCUUCUGUUGAUGACCCAUCCUGGGGCCCUCACAAAAUGGCCCUCAUCAUUCCAUUCAGAGAGCGCUUUGAAGAGCUUCUUGUGUUUGUCCCAUAUAUGCACGCUUUUCUCAACAAAAAGAAAAUACGGCAUAAAAUAUUUAUUAUUAACCAAGUGGAUCGCUUUCGAUUUAAUGGAGCCUCACUUAUUAAUGUUGGCUAUUUGGAGAGUGGUAAUGACACAGACUACAUUGCGAUGCAUGAUGUAGACUUGUUGCCUCAAAAUGAGGAUCUAGACUAUGGAUUCCCAGAGGAGGGACCCUUUCAUGUGGCUUCACCAGAGCUUCAUCCCUUAUAUCAUUAUAAAACUUAUGUGGGUGGGAUCCUGUUGCUUGCCAAGAAACAUUAUCAUAUGUGCAAUGGAAUGUCAAAUCGAUUUUGGGGAUGGGGAAGAGAAGAUGAUGAAUUCUUCAGAAGACUGCGAACUGCUAAACUUCAGCUUUUUAGGCCAAAAGGUAUUACUACAGGAACUAAAACAUUCAGACACAUCCAUGAUCCAGCUUGGAGGAAGAGAGAUCAGAAGCGGAUCGCUGCACAAAAGCAGGAGCAAUUUAAGGUGGACCCAGAGGGUGGUCUAAUUAACCUCCGCUACAAGGUGGAGUCUAGACAGGAACUGACCAUCAGUGGAGCUCCAUGUACUGUCAUCAGCACGUCUCUGGAGUGUGACCUCAGCCAGACUCCAUGGUGUCAAUUCAGCUAAUAUGCUUCAGCAGGACCUGUAAAGCAAGAAUGGUACCAAUUCUCCCUCUGUGAUGGCAGGAAAGCUUUCACAGAUUAAUAGUGUCAGUCACACAUGAAAAAUCACCCUGAUCGUCUAACCAAAAGGACUUGAGCUGGUGAUUAUGUUAGGGAAAAUGACACCGACUCUCUUUGAGGUAGUAUUUUUCAUAGGUUACUGUUAUUUUCUUCGUCAAUGAUGAAGCACUGCCUUUAAAGCUGCCUCAACUUGACUCAACUGAACUAUGGACUAAUUUCAGGUACUGCGCCGAGUUUGCUUCAGCAAAUUUGCCUAUAUGAGCAUCCAAACAUCAGUCUUUUAAUGACGUUUUUUAUAUAUAUAUUGACUUUUGCAACUACAUUUGCAAAAAACCUGUAGCAAAACUCACUUGUGUACUUGUAAAUACUAGUACUCAAUUGUACUCUUGUGAGAGAGCAAGACCAGUGUUUGGCAGGGGGCAAUGAAGUUGUUUUAUUAGUUGAUGCCUAGCCAAUGAAAUGGGACGUUUGUGUAUGAGAUUAUGUCAUGCCACAUUGCCAGCCCGUGCCUGUUUGUAGUGGGAAAGUGAAGGAGUUUCUUUACUGAGUAAAACCUUUAAAAAAUACAUUUAUUCUUCAACUACUACACUCAUGAUUUCCCCAUGAGGAAAAUUCUUCUGGAACUUUAUCAUUAAUAACAUAAAUUGGAGGAAAGCAUGGUUGUUACCAUAUAAAUAUUGCAUGACUAAUAAGAUCAAAGUGCAUUUUAAAAUCUUGCACAAAAUGUACUGUUGUAACCUACUUCUACCCAAGUAUUCUGAUGUAAAUAACUUGUGUACCUUUUGUGGGAACAAUAGUGAAAUUCUUGAUCCAACAUUUUUAUUUUGUGAUCUUGUAUGGCAUGAUCGGAGUCUCCAAUGUUUUUCCAAGUUAAAGUUAAAAAUGGUCAUUGUGUCAAAGAUAUUGUUUUAUAUUAAAAACUAAAACAGAUUUCUGGAAAACACUGUCAGUUUUUAUUCUGAUUGUGAAAUUUUUUAUACAAAACAGAAAUGUCUUAAAAAAAACAACAACCUAUAUUUGCAGAAUUCAUGCGGGAAAUCAAUUGCUUAAUAAAUGUUAAAGAGAUAUAUUAGUGAUGCAUUUAUUUCUUUUCUUGCUUGAUUUGAUGAGAUCUUUUCUGCCUCCAGUGAUGUGAAUUUUUAGUUUUUUAAGUGAUGUACAUUCUACAAAUAUGCUAGUCUUGAUUGAUACUCCUUUAUUGCACUUUUUCAUUGUAAUCUUUUUUUUCUUCAAUAAAAAAAUAAACUGAGGUCCACACUGGCUGGAAGAGCUUAUACAGCGGUGUGUCAGGAUAGCUCGGUGCUCCAUAGCAUGCCAGUGCUUCAAGUCUUUUAGGCCAAGCUCCUCAAAGAUGUAGAUGAGCAAGGCCUGAAUUCUGAUGUGUCCAUAGACCUCCGCACCACCACAGAUCUGGUGCUGUGAACUACUAUGUUACUGCGCAGGCCGUCGGAAAAGUGAUUGGUUUUGGACCAGCAUGUCUGGUUAAUGCUCAAGGAGAUGCAUGACACCAAGAGAGCCGCACAACUGAGCCAUUGGUGAGACCACGUAAACCGCGGCCCAAACGGAAGCCUUGGCCUCUUAGCGCCGAAGGAAACCCCCCCGGGCAGCAGGUGCAUUCAUGACUGGUGCAACGCCAUGAAGAGGAAUCUGGAGCCCGCCGUUUUUCUUGGCCCAGGUCCAAAGAAUGCCCGGCAUGACUUUUCCAGUGCCUGCCGAAGUUAACCGGGUCCAGGAUGUCGUGCAAAUUGUUGUUCAUGUGUGUUGUUUGCCAAUAAAGAAAUGGGACAUCCAGCCAUGGAAGUGUUUAUACCCCGGUGUAUCUUGGAGUAUUACAUUAUGUAGUGCGUCUUGAUGGUUCCCCAAAAGUGUUUCACCGCAAUGUUGAGUGAACUGAAUCGAUCCGGUUACACAUGUAACCUUGGAUCCCUGAGAUGAUCCCAUAAGAUUGCAUUAUGAUACAAGGGCUUCAACUAGGUGGUCGGAGGAGGAAUUCACCAAAAGUGUUUCACCGCAAUGUCUCUUUCCCUUCAUUUCAGGGAUCUGAGGUUAUAUGUGUAACCGGAGAUGUUUUGCUAUAGGUUUUUUGCAAAAGAAGUUACAAAAGUCAAGGAGUGAAGUUUUAAUGUUGCAGUGCCAGA